GCUAGAUAAGGCAUGAACCAAAAAAAAAAAGUUUCUUGAUAAAGAACAUGCGGUUCUGCUUCUUCCAGUCCGCCGAGAUUCUGUCCAAAUCUCUCUCCGAUGGCGGCGGCCGCCACUUUUUUCGGAUUGUAUCAUCUGCGAACUCAUUCGACCGUUGAACCUCUAAAGCUACUCGGAAACCCUAAACUAUCGAUCCGAAGCAGAAACAUUCCCCGAACGUCGCCUCGCGAUGAUUCUCCCGCCGUCGCAACUUCUUCGGCUCAAGAUUCAUCUCAGCGACAUGAACAGCAGCUGAACCCAUUGUCUUCGACUGAUCCGGUCGACUUGCCCGACCCAGAUCCUGUUCCCGAUUUGUCUUCUCGUCUGCCCCCGUCCGAUCCGUUUUCUCGGCUCGUCUUCACUUUGAGAGAGGGAAUUCGGGUUGGUGAAAUUGGGAGGGAGAUUUUGUCUAUUGCUUUACCGGCUGCUUUAGCUUUGGCAGCUGAUCCUAUAACAUCGCUCGUGGACACGGCUUUUGUCGGUCAUUUGGGUUCUGCUGAGCUAGCUGCAGUAGGAGUGUCUGUUUCUGUAUUCAACUUGGUCUCUAAGCUAUUCAAUGUUCCUUUGCUAAAUGUCACAACGUCCUUUGUUGCCGAGGAGCAGGUCAUUGCCAGUAAGGAUGAAAAUGACUCUAGCAAAUCCAUCAAUGGCGACAUGGGAAAGGGACAUGGCAAGAAGUUGCUACCUUCAAUUUCAACCUCAUUAGCACUUGCUGCUGGAGUUGGCGUUGCAGAGGCUAUUGCACUUUCAGUAGGAUCUGAGUUCUUGAUGGACAUCAUGGGUAUACCUGUUGAUUCUCCGAUGCGAAUACCAGCAGAGCAAUUCCUUAAACUUAGGGCAUUUGGUGCGCCGCCCAUUGUUAUCGCACUUGCUGCACAAGGGACUUUUCGUGGAUUCAAGGACACAAAGACACCUCUUUAUGCUAUUGGAGCUGGAAAUUUGCUUAAUGGGAUACUGGAUCCAAUCCUGAUAUUUCUCCUUGAUUUUGGCAUCUCUGGUGCUGCAGCUGCUACCGUGAUUUCUGAAUACUUGAUUGCGUUUAUUCUUCUGUGGAAGUUGAACAACAACGUGGUGCUACUCUCUCCGAGAAUUGAAAUGGGAAGAGUCAAUCAAUACCUGAAAUCCGGUGGGCUUUUGAUUGGUAGAACUGUGGCACUGCUUGUGCCAUUUACAUUGGCAACAUCAUUAGCAGCUCAGAAGGGUCCAACACAAAUGGCCGGCUAUCAAAUAUGCUUGGAAGUCUGGUUAGCUAUCUCUUUGCUCACUGAUGCUCUAGCCAUUGCUGGUCAGAGUCUGCUUGCAACUAGUUAUUCUCAAAGAGACUACAGACAAGCUCGGGAAGUUAUCUUUGGUGUUCUUCAGAUAGGUUUGAUAACUGGAACUGGUCUGGCUGUUGUUUUGUUCCUUGGGUUUGAACCCUUUUCGAACUUGUUCACAACGGAUUCCGAAGUUUUAAAGAUUGCAUUGUCAGGGACACUUUUCGUGGCUGGAUCUCAACCGGUUAAUGCCCUUGCUUUCGUCUUUGAUGGACUCUAUUAUGGAGCCUCGGACUUUGCAUAUGCAGCCUACUCCAUGGUGAUUGUGGGGGUCAUAUCUUCAUUGUUCAUGCUUGUGGCUGCGCCUGUGUUUGGACUUGUUGGCAUAUGGAGCGGUCUAUUCCUCUUUAUGGCAUUGCGUUUAGCCGCUGGAGCUUGGAGGUUGGGGACAAGAAGUGGGCCCUGGGAAAUGUUAUCUGCUCCUGAGAAGCUGGAAUGAGAGAGAUGUGCCUCCUUUAAAUGUCUGAAAAAGUUGGUAUAUUCUUAUGGUAAUUGUGAAAUUUUUGGUAUAAAUAUAGAAAAGUAAAUUGUUUUUGUGUUUUUUAGAAUCCACAUUACAACAUUGAAUUGUAUGUGAGAAAGUUGAUAUAAAAAGUUGAUAUAUUCUUA